AUGGCUUCACUCUCCACACUAACACCAACUUCAACUUCUCUAUCUUUCUUCUCUUCUUCAAUCUUCAUCUCUAAUGCUUCAAAAACCCUAAUUCACACCAAAUUCAAAUUCCUCCCAAAUUCAAAUUCACAUUCAACUUCUCUUUCAAUCUCUUGCAAAGUCGCCACGCUUCCUCUCCUCUCCUUCUCCGGCGACAAAGUCGGCGAAACCACCCUCGACAUCAAAUCCGCUACACCAGACACCUCCCGCGCCGUCGUCCACCGCGCCAUUGUUCAUGACCUUCAAAACAAGCGUCGUGGUACCGCUUCCACGCUCACCCGCGCUGAAGUUAGAGGUGGUGGCCGAAAACCCUACGGGCAGAAGAAAACCGGCCGCGCGCGUCAGGGUUCUAUUCGUACGCCGCUCCGACCAGGCGGAGGUGUGAUUUUCGGUCCGAAGCCACGUGAUUGGAGUAUCAAGAUGAAUAAGAAGGAGAAGAGGCUUGCGAUAUCGACUGCUGUGGCGAGUGCGGCUGUGAAUACUGUCGUGGUGGAGGAAUUUGGGGCGGAGUUUGAGGGGAAUCCAAAAACGAAGGAUUUCAUUGCGGCUAUGAAGAGAUGGGGACUGGAUCCGAAGGAGAAAGCUGCGUUUCUGAUGACGGAGGUUUCGGAGAAAGUGUUGCUUGCUAGUAGGAAUAUUGGGACUUUGAAGAUAUUGACGCCGAGGACGCUCAAUUUGUAUGAUGUUUUGAAUGCUGAUAAGAUUGUGCUUACUCCGGGUGCUGUGGAUUAUUUGAAUAACAGGUAUGGGUUCGGUGAUCAAGAUGAUGGUGACUAUGAUGAAGAAGAGGGUGACAUUGUCGAAGAAGUAGUAGAGGAUGACCAAGAAGGACCAGACACAGAAGAAAGUACCGGUGUUGUGAAUUGA